AUGCACUACUCAGACGUUUCUGUGCUAGUCAUAGAGCCUGCGGCUCCUUCUCAGUAUGGAUAUGUCCCCACUGCGUGGAUCUGUUAUCUUUACGUGAUUCUGUUUUCUGUAUCCACACCUGAUAGUGCCAUCACAGUCGCACAUUUUGUGCAGGCACUUCAUAGUCGCCUCUGGUGGAUGCUCGCGACAGCAUGCAUCACUGGUGCUCUAGAGGUCACGGGCUGGAUCGGACGUCUCUUGUCCUCGCAUAACCCUGCAGCCAGCAACCCGUACCUCAUCCAGAUUGUGGCCACAAUAAUUGCGCCUACACCCUUUGUCGCAUGCAAUUUCAUCAUCUUGGGCCAGAUCAUUCGUCGUCUGGGGGAAGGCUACAGUCGCAUAAACGCCAAGUGGUACACGAUCAUAUUCACGACAUCGGAUUUCGUCUGUCUCGUUGUGCAAGCGCUCGGCGGUGCAAUGGCUACAGGGACGAAGCAAAGUCAGGUUGAUCUGGGUUCGAACAUCAUGUUGACUGGGAUUGUCCUCCAACUCUUCUCAAUAACUGUGUAUAUGACCUUGGCGAUCGAGUUCCUCUGGCGCUACCUCCACGACAGGCCACUGCGGGAGGUCACCAGGACAGGAUACACAUUGGACAAGUCGACAAAGCGCAUGAUCCUGGCCCUCAUCAUCAGCGGUGUCUGCAUCUACAUUCGGACCAUUGAGCUCGCUGACGGCUGGCACGGCGUCGUCAUUCAUACUCAAGCCCUGUUCAACAUCUUCGACGCGGGUAUGAUCACGAUCGCAAUGUACUCGCUGAACAUCUUCCAUCCCGGCCGUCUCCUGGGACGCGGGAAGGUGUGGAAGGAGGUCAACCAUGGGGAGAAAGGCUACGCGCUCAAUUCAGCCCCAGAGUUUGACGAUCCAUCAGUUUCAUCGAGAGGACUAGGCACAGUGCAAAUCAAGACAAAAGUAGGGAUGCAUUCCGCCAUAUUCUGCCUUGGUGUUCCUUGA